GUUAACUUCAUGGGCUUGACCCCCCCUUGCUCUCUUCAGUCCUGGGUUUGGGCUGAGAGGAGCACACGCGGUGCCCUGACACGGUUCUCAUCGCAGUGGCACAGUGUGCAGGCGGAGGAGCUGCGGCUGGAUGUUAGAGGAGCGCGGGAACAGACGGCAAUAAUCCCCUAAUGUGAUGAAAAUAUCGGACAAGUUUUGAAAACAAUACUCCGGGAUAAACUAACAUACUGAGGGGGAAAAUCUGCCAUCGAGAUUUUAUAUUGGAAUUCGGAAUUAAUAUCAUUUUUUGUCAACAAGGUAGGGAGAUUGGUUACUUUAUUGAAUGUGAAAUAUCAGGAAAAUAUCAGUUUUAUCUCAGUUUUUGUUUCCUUUUCUGGAUCCAUUUUCACUUGAUAAAAUGUUUCAUUACAGAUAUCAUUUAUGUGACUUAUAAAAAAGGUAAAUUUAACAGAUUUUCAUUAAGUGGGGUACAUUAUAGCGUUUUAUAAUUGCAUUUAUUAACUAGUGUGAUGUGUUUCUAAAUUUUAAACUACUUUUUAACCUUUUUUGUAACAUGUUGAAAAGUUCUGUAAACCAAUUUUCGCACUCAAAUUUAUGUUUAGUGUUUGCAUUGUUAAUCCAUCAAACCUUCACUAUUGUUCCCUCUCGUUCUCAUUGUUUUUAUACCAGGAAUAUUAGGCUACAUAGUCAAUCAAAUCCAACCUGUUGCACGACGCUCCUGAUGCUUUUAUUUACCUGACAGCUCUUACCCUGGACUUCCACUAGAUGGCGCAGCGAGUCUCCAAAGACUUAUCUGCGAGCAGUCAUUAGUGGACGAGAUAAUAAUGAAGUAAAACGGUUCUUUCCAUUCACUUCACCCUCAAAUCUGUGAACUCUUACGCUAUCUUGAGAUCAUGAACGCAGCACAGCUCUCUUUUUAUCCCGCUCCUUCAUCGUCAUUUAGGGGUGAAUAAUUACAGUGAAACGUGCCAAUCAAGUCACUCAGUUUGGUACACAUAAGCCUGCGCUACCCUCAAAUCUCUGCUCUGUAUACUCACAGUGUUCUGAUUAAAACGUGUUGUGGAGGAUUUUAUUUAGCUGCAGAGUGAUUAUAGCUUUCUCUUUCCUCGUUUUUAUUUUGGCACAGGGUAGGAUACCAAACAAGCGUGCACUUUCUCAUCUGUGGUCACCUUUCUGUCCUGUGCUGAUGACGUCACGUCCCGCCAGCGUCCACUGCCUUGUGUGAGACAUUUGUACUGGCAUAUUUAACGAAGCCAGGCUGUGCUGUACAAAGACAAACAAAGCAGUGUCUGACCAUGAAGCCAAAAUGAUGGUCUGAAUCAGUCUGUUUCCUGACCUGAGUGCCUAUUAGCUGGCCUGUGGGCUGCAGGCCACACCUGCUAGACUGUCUGCCUGUCUCUGGAGCUGUCUCAGUGUUUAAGGUAACAGCUUGGUCAAAAUUCAAAGUCAUAUUUCCCUGGCGUGACACUCUCUCCUCAGAGGGCUUUUGUUUUGUAGUAUAGUUUAAAUGGUCCCUCUCCGUCACAUUUUGACCUACAUUUUUACCUCUGGAUGUUAUUGUCUCAGUAUGGUUGAUGAUAAAAUUUGCUGAUUGCUCAUUUUGCUUCCCGAAAAGGCUCCCAUUGUUUCCAUCCUCUAUUCAUAGCCUACUUAAAACUGGACCAAACUCUGGAAUAGUCUGCAUACUUUGACUGAGGCUCCCCUGCCCGCAGGCAUAGAUGCUCAGGUCAGCUGUCCUCCUGCUGUUGACUGAUUUCUCCCCCUUUUUUUGUCUUCCUGGAUCGCUCUGCUCUCUGUCUCUCUGGCUUAGGCCCUCAUCUCUGCACAGUCAGAGCAGCCUGCCACCACAUCCAAGCUUGGCGGCAACAGAGAAGCUGCCAAACUGUUCCUUUUUUUAGGGAUAGCAGUCACCAAAUUACAGCUGCUGGGGCAGUUAACUCCACCCGAGGUCUCCUACCGGACCCGCCCAGUACCAACUAGAACACAUGAAUGUGUGUGUGUUUGUGUGUGUGUGCUUGUGCCAGUCUGUGUGUGUUCAUAUGUGUGGAAGGAAGGCGACAUGGCAUAAGGAAAUGAGGGAGGUCAGUCAAAUGAGCAGAUCCAUUUGGAGGUGGGUUCGGGAUUCUAGAACAAAAUAUACAGUCGGUUUCCAUUCAGUACAUGUGUGUCUGCGUGUGCGUAGGUGUGUGUGUGCAUGUGUGUACAUGUGGGUCAGCUUGCUUUCCCACCAACAAACAUUUAUAUGAGUUUUACACGCCUUUUUUAAGUCUCAGGGUACAUAACAGUGAGUGUCCUGCACAGAAAAACAUGAUGUGUUCAGGAAACUGCAAUUACUCUGCUGGAAAACAAACAUCCAAUGAAGAAAACUUAGAUUCAUCCUCCUCAACACAAUCUGAAGACAUUUCAGAUAUUGAGUGCUUUGUCAGCACUGUUAUUUCUUCUAGCGACUAUGUUCACUUAAUGAGAGCUGAGUGUUGACGUGGCGGCAGCCAAUACACCAGCGAUGUGGCGCCAGCUGGCACUCUCGGUGAGCUCUGUGCCCCACCUUAGCUCUGCUGACUCCCUGCCAGAAGAAGUCAAAGAGCAGAGCUACUGCUCAUACAUAGACAAAGUAAAAUGAUCAAUAUUUUGGGCCAUGAUUGAUUAGAAGGGUUUUUUUGGAGACAUAGUUGAGAUCAGCCUUUUUUAGUAUUCUCACUGAGCUGAUUUGAAUGAUACUGAAAUUCAUAUAUGAUACUCAGGUGGUUCCUGGAUGGGAAGCUGGAGUGAUACUUUUUUCUCGCCUGUGGUCAUGGGAGACCAAACUCUGAGUGUUGUUUCUUGGGUGCACAAUUAUUCUUGGCAAACCCAGAGAGCAUAUAGUUUAAACAUACGUUUGUUUAGCUUGACAGGGGGAGAAGGCCGCCUCGUGGGAACUCUCCUCACAUCAAAGUAAUUGCGGUGGAUGUGAGGUCUGACAGGCACCCAGCACUUGAUGGAUAGAGCAUAUAGGAAAUGUAAAGCUAAUCUCAGACAACGGCUGUGGGAAACUCAAACAACUGAUGCUCUUGGUUUGAUUGUCACCAGAUGGUGCGUUCAGGGACACAACAGCUUUGAAUUUUCACCUAUUUAUUCAUAUACAUCCAUCUUGUAAAGUUAUUUCUGUUUAUUCUGUCUCUAUUUAUUCACCCUGAGUCUAAAAGUAAACCACUGGAAUUUACUUUUUCUCAAAGGUGUCUGUCUUUUGGUGCUUGUUACGACAGAUUUAACUACCUUUGGGGUUUUAGAUAGGCAUUAUUAUAAAACUGUGAGUGAGAGAGCACAAGCUGACACACCUUUGAUAUAGGAGGGGGUUUCCUCCUGUGUUUUUGAAUGAUACAGAGGCCAAAAACUUUAUCUUGUUGGCUUCAAUCUGGCUAAAAAUAGGUGUACACCCAAACAUUUCACCAGAGUGUGAUUGCUAAAUGUCAUAUUUUGGAAGAAGGGGCAUUAACAAUUAGUCCUUUUUCGGGGGUCAUUAUGAGUGCAAGGCACUGAUUAAAUGUAUGCCAAUGCUGUCUGAUCCUUUACUUGAAAGAUUUGGCUUGGUUUAAACUUCACAUCAGGGACAAACACAGUGAAAUGGACAAGAACGGCCGCCUGUCCAGCCAUCUUUUAAACCACUCUUGGCUUUUGGAAGGAGCCGGGGAAACAACGAUCAGGAUUGUAGCCCUUGUUUGCCUUUGUCUCAGACCGGAUGUGUGACUGCUUAGAGCUUAACUGGCAGAAGAGGACAGGAAUUUGAACACACACACACACACAUACACACUAGGGCCUGAUAAAAGUGGUUGUUGUGGCUGGAGAGGCUGCUUUAUUGUGGGAUAUACAGUAGUUCAGUCUUACAGGCAGGUUGUGUUUAGCGGAGACUUACAGGCUUUUCCUGGAUGAUGAUAGUCUGUCGCUGUUCCUGUCCUCUUUUUUUUUUAAGAUCAUCUCCGUCCUCUGCAACAUUUUUACAGACCGGGUUGACCAGUAAAAAACGGCCGCGCUGAUUAGAGAAUGAGCCCCACAUUUUUAGAUUUACUAUGAAUGUUUACCUUUCUCAUUGUCGCGCAGCACAAUUUUCAGAAAUUGUAGGUGUAUAAAUAAGCACGGUGGCGGUGGUGUCUUCUGUGUAUAUCCAGCUCAUUUGUGUGUUUGCGUGUCAUUGUGUGAUGCUGACUAUAUAUGCCCUCGCUGUGUCCUUUUGGCUGCAUUCUUCUGGCCGAGCCAAGGCCAGUGGUGUUUUUUCUUCUCUGUAAAAUGGUAUAAUUUGGCAGCUAUUUUUGUUGCAGAAAGCAGACUGCAGGGGCCAGUUAUUCAUGCUUCCAGGCCAGGUCCACAUCAUGCACAGACUCUUUGUUUUACUGAUUUUAAUUUCCCUGAAUAAUGAUACUUUUAUAACUCCGAGUACAGUGCAUGCACCCUAGGGACACAGGGGACUGCAAAGGGGACUUUAAAACAAAAACAACCACAGAGAAAAAAAAUAAGAUUUUGCAUGUGUUUAUUGAUAAGAGUCUGACAGUUUUAAGAUUAAACUAAUAAGAUCAUCCCCACAUUGCUGGGGUGUGCAAUCUUUGCUUACAUACUCUGACUUCUGUGUGUUUUUGUUCAGGCUCUACUUUUGUAAUUUAAAGGAUCAGUAUCCGUUUAGAGAACAUUUUUCAUGGAGUGUGGUAUGAGAAGCAUUUCCUUCGGCAUUGAAAAAGCCCCUUCAAACUUUAUUUUUGCGGCCUCCCUUUUUUUGCGGCGCUACUAGAAAUAACCCAGGAUAUAAAGAGAAGGGCAAAGAUCAAGAGAACUGUUUUGAAUGUCUUCAAAAAGCAGAUCCACUGUAAAUUUCUAAAGUGUCUACUUGAACCUUCCCUCCUUUUAUUCAUCAUCAAUCCUACUCUUUCACAGUUCUCCUUCUUUUCAUCCAUCUCCAGGUCCUAUUAAUGCUGACAGCCAACAUUUGCUUUCCCUCCAUUCCAUGACAAACAAAAUAUUAUUCCCUCAGGAUCCUUAAACUUCCCUGAAAAUUCUGCUUGCACGCUAAAACGUUGGCAUCGACGCUUUCUAGCAGCAGGAUUACAGCGCCGGAGUCACAGAAGGACUUAACGCAAGGUUAGAGAUUACUGGGUUUUAGGUCACCCAAGGGUCUAGUGUAGAAAUGGGCUGUGGUUCAUAGGAUUUGCUACAGGUCAAAGGUCACAGCUUCCUGCAGUAAUGAUCAAUUAGCCCAGUCAUUAUUUGUUUUUCUAAGAAUGAGAUAUUAGGUCGAGCGGCUCAAGUGUUUCGUCAGGUCAGCGCAGAAAAGGAUCAGGAGAGAAAACAAACAGACGCGCACAUGCUAGCAUGUCUGGUGACCUCAAUUAGUGGCUAUGACAUCAUGGAGUCUGUGUUUCAUGACAUGCAGGCGCAUGUACUUUCACACAGACACACUCCCACUGCCAGUUUUUCCUUGAACUGAAUGGUGGCUUUGUGUGACUGCUCAGCUGCAGGAAUAAAGUUUUCCACAGCUGAGGCGAUGUUCUCGACACUAUCUGAUUGGCUGGUGAGGAAAGACUCGCUCUCCUGGGGCGUGCAGGAAGCAGACAGUGACAUUUUGUCACUUGUGGUUUAAGUGACUCUCUUUCCCACAGUUGAAUCCUGGAAAUGUUCCCCGGGGGGAAUGAGUCCAUUUCUUCUCCUCCUCGCAGGCCUCUAGCUCCUGCUCUGCCUGUGAGGGAGCUGUGGUUUCAACAGAGGGGCUUUGUAAUUAAGAAGAAGCAGACCAUUUCAUAAUAUUCCAAUGUCCAUUUAUCACUGACAGCCAGUCUCAACUGAAUCCCACAUGCACCUGGCUGGACUGACCUGUUCAGCUCUAUAGAGGCAAAGGUUUGCUGUUACGGUCCCUGCUUCUUUUAAACCUAUAUGCUUGACCAGCAUUUGUCCAAACGUGGACAUUGAAAUCAGUCCAUGUACCUAAAGAAGAAAGCGUUUGGUGGAUUCGGUGGAUUAGGACAAUGUUUCAUCAGCUGAAAGAUUUGGUCGUUUUUCCAUCUGAUUCCAUACAAUUUGGCUUCCCUAGCAACAGGUGGAGUGUCACAGUCUGUAUGAUACAUAAAGAUAGUCUCGGCAAUUUCAUGUCACCCAUCGGUUUCUGAAAAGUAAUUAUGAAGUACUAUAAAGGCACCCCUUAUUUAUGCACAACUCUUUGCCCUGAUGUAAUCACAAGGCAUUGGUUUAACUAUUGCAUGCGUCUUUCUCUCCACCUGCCCUCUCUCCUCUAUCUCUCUGUAUUCCUCCCCAACCCAGCAGCAGCCUGGUGGCUGUCUAGCAUGAGUCUGGUCUUACCCAAGGUUUCUGCCUGUUAAAAGGAAGUUUUUCCUUGCCACUGUCACUCAUGUUAGAUGAGAUGGGCCAAAUCCCAUCUUAGCUUGGGUCUUGAUAAUUCAUCAAACAAUGAUGAAUUAUGCUCUUUUUCUUUGGAAAGCGUCUUGGGGUGACGACUGUUGUGAACUAGCUUUGUAUAAAUAAAACUUGAUUGAUUGAUUGAUCAUGUGGAAAAGAAUGACACAGUUUUUAUUCAAACAAAAAUUAUGAAAUUACGCACCAUUUAAGUUUUUGUCAUUUGUAAUAAAUCUCUAGUUUUGUGAAAGAAGACCCCUUUUUAAAAAUCUUUAUUUCGAACAGAGUUCUUCAGUUGUUUUUUGAGUUUUGCAUGUGUAAAUGUCUCAAGAAAUUUGCAAAGAAUCAAGUAAUCUUAGAGCCUUUGGAGUCCAGGGCAGUCACGUUUUCUGACUUUUGUUUCGCCAUUUUUGCCAAACUUCAUAAAAACAGAGGAAGAGUGAAAUGCGAAGGUAAGAUUGACUGAAACCUCUCAGGGUUAAGGAAAUAUACAACAAUAGCACCAAAGAUUUACUCAAGUAAAAGUGGCUUUAAACUUCAACGAUGAAGCAACUUAAAAGAAGCAUUCAAACCCAAAUGUUUCUAGAUCACAUUUUGCUGUUACAAAACAUCCAACCUGCAUUAUUAUAACCUCAAUGAGCGUGAGAUUUAUUGCAGAAGUUUUUUAAAACUACUAUUUUGAAGCUCAUUCCUCAAUAAACUGACUGUAAGGGUGUGUAAGUUAUUAAACAGAGUUGUCCUUGUUGUCUUCUCAGGUGUGUAAAUUCAAGAUGUUGCCACACUGCUGCUUCCUGUUGUUGCUCUGCGUGGCUCGGCUGCUCUCCCCCUCCUCGGCCCUGCCCUUUGAGCAAAGAGGCUUCUGGGAUUUUGCCAUGGACAGUAUGGACAGCGACAAGAUGAUGACAAUGAUGAGGGACGAGGAGGAAGGCUCGGCCGUGGAGGAGAUCUUCCCCCCUGACAUCCACACGUGCCCCUUUGGCUGCCACUGUCAGCUCCGGGUCGUCCAGUGCUCCGACCUCGGUCAGUGGGAGUGUGUGGUGCUUUGUCAUCAUUUAUAAGCUGGAGUGUGUGUGUGUGUGUGUGUUUGUGUGGAGCGAGUGAGCAUGACCCGAACUUUGCAUGACUCUCAUAGCUCCGGGGGAAUGAAGUCCCCCCUGUUUUGGUGAGCGAGGAAUUUCUUUCUUGAGAUAAUGCCGGUGUGUUUUGACAGGGAAAAGCAUGCCUUUGAGGGAUUUUGUGUUCCAGACUUUGUGUGUUCAUACUGGGUGGGAGAGGGGAGAUAGUCUGAGAAGACAAGAAAGAAAAAUAAAAGAGUCAAGAGAAGGAAGAAAACAAAGGGGUUGAGAUGGAGGAAGGGGAGAUAGAGGAGGAUACAGUAGCAGACAAAUAGAGGGGCUCUUAAAUAUGGGGAUAAAAAAAGUUAAUCAUUUCCAAACUGUCUGUGAGGAGCCGUUUCAUGUCACUUCUGGGAUGUGGGCAGGAUGUUUGAUGGAAACCCAAAACAGGAAAGCAGGAUGGAGGGAUGACUGAGUUAGUUUGGAGGGAUUUUCAGAUGACAAGGAGGAUUAGGAGUGAAGGAUAUAACUUAUGUUGACUUGAACAGCUCUUUUUAAGUCAGGACAAAGGAGAAAGGAUUAUGAACACUUUAACAAUGCUUUUUACAGUCUGCCAUUGACUCGAUAUGAUCCGUGGAUCUGUCACAUCAUACCGGCUGUGUGUCUCUAAUAGGCUGUAUGUGUUUAGACAUAUUGGUUUUGUUGAAUCAUCGUUUUACAAGCUCUAUAUAUUUACUGUCUCUGGUCUUGCUGCAGCGGGUAAAUGUGGAAGCAUAUAAUUUCCGCGAUGUCAAGUGCUUAUUUAGAACAGAUGUAUUUUCGCGGUGGCGUCUGUCUCCUCUCAGUGUGCAUCCCGGCUUUAUGCUGGGUGUAUGCGUCGAGGGGUGCUGGGGUUACAGAGGGUGCUACUUUUCUCAGUUUGUGGUACAGGCUUUGAGAUUUGCGGCAGAUACGGUCAGAGUGCCGUGGUUUCGGAGGUCUUAGCAGGUUAAGGGAUCCGGUGAAUGAGGGUGUUUGGUAGAUGUUCCUGCAGGUUUCUUUUCAUGUCUGGUGCAGGGAUACAAAUUUGAAAGCUGGCAGGAUGCAUGUGGAAAGCUGCAGGUGUUGUCUGCCAGGUGGAUAUUUCCUACCACAUGAAUGCACCUGGUAACAUCCUGCAGCUCACAGCAGCUGUAAUAACUUUAUUACUUAGAGGACGAAAUCACAGAGGUGAGAAAGAGUUUGGUUUAUAAUUUAAAUAAAGUAUACCUUGGUUAAAACCUUUUAUCUACAGCUUAAAUUAAUUUAUAUCUGCUCCUUGAAGGCACAAUCCAGUUUAAUAUCUCAGAUCAAGUCUCAGCUCUGUGUGGAUGUGGCUUGGACAAAAUGUCAUGGCGAGCUGAUGAGGGUUUGAUCCUGUGUGGUGACAUGGAGGGUGUGGCACAGUACAGCCAAAGCCAUAUAUCUAAACUUAACUCUGGAUGGACAGCUCUGGGUAGAGCCCUGUGGGUCAGAUGUGGUUUGGUGGCAAACUGGAUCCCAGUGGGACAGCUGGCACCCUCUGUGUCACCACCACCGACUUUGGUUGCAUCACGGUCUCGGUCCAGAUGAGGUCGCAGGAUUUUGCUAGCAGCGGCCUGUCUGCUCCAUCGACCACAUCAGAUACACUGGUCCACGUGGCUCUGUGAUGUGGUGUCGUUAACAACCUCUGGUUUCUGUGUUUGUGCGUGUGCUGCUGAGUCACUUUUUCAGAGAGAGUGGAACAGUGCAGGUGGAUUUCUUAACACAAGACAUCUGUAUCAUUUAUGAAAAAAAACUCCGAAUUUUUUUUUUCUGUUAAAAAAAACUCAAAUUGAGAAACUUAUGCUGGAAAUCAUCUUCACCACUCACACGGCUUGUAUUUCUCUCUUUGUACAGUACGUGUCAGCGUUGUGCCAGACUCCCGUUCAUUUUAAUGUGUGAUUUUGCCCAUGGUAUUUAGUGCACAUCCUUUGUGACUUCUGUUUAAUAGAAACCAGAUGGAAAACAUCUGGUGUCCCCAUCUGUGUGAGAGGAAUUUAUGCAUUUGUGUGUGUGUGUGUCUGCGAGUGAGUGAGUGGAAGUCCUUGUCACAGUAACAGAGCAGUAACACCAGUUCUGUGCUUCAUCCCAAUAUGAGAUGUGACAGUCUAAAGUGGUCAGUUGAGACUGUGUGGGAGUUUAUUUGCUUAAUUUUUAGACUCUUAAACACAUUCUUAUUAUUCAUUUUCUAACAUAUUUAAGCGGCUCUAUCCCUUCUCUUUAGGUCUGACUGAGGUGCCGAAGAACAUCCCUCUGGACACCAAGUUCCUGGAUCUGCAGAACAACCGUAUCACUGAACUUAAGGAGAAUGACUUCAAAGGCCUCACUAAUCUAUACGUAAGGGACACACACACCCACACACACACACACACAAACUCUGUGGUCACAUUUAUGCUGUUCCUCUCAGCAUUAAAUCAGCACCUCUUAAAGAUGUGUUAGCUCAGCUUAUAUUGGCUGAAGUAGUGUGAAAUAUCAUUAUGACUCUCCAUUUCCUCUGAAGGGUUAUUUCCUUUCUUUUUUCACCCUACUUCGCCCAGCGCUCUGAGAGCUUUAAUUGUAUUAAGCCCGAGCCUGGGGCCAAAAGGGAGUAUUCAAGCUCUCAUCCUUGCUUCACUUAGUCAGAAAGGCUUUUCUCACUCUUGACCUGCAUUCAACAGCACUGACCAAGAGCAAUAUUAAGUCUGGCAGCUGAGGAAACUCAGACAUGACAUUAAACAACAACACCUCUAUUUAGGCCUGUUUAUAUUAGCUUACGUCUGUCUCCAUUUUUUAUCCAGCACGGCUGAACAGACAGUUUGUGUUUAGCCGGAUCUGUUUUAUUUCACUCAACUACGCUCAACAGAAACAGAGGAGUCAAAAACAAACACUUUUCUAUUGGUAUACGGCUUAAUUUAUUCCUCUUUCCCCAAAUGUAUCAUGUUUAAAAAACAAACAUGACAAUCAAGUUUUAAAAUAAGUGAGCAUUAACUCUUUUUCCCUUAUUUUUUUCAGGGUCUGUCUCUGAGGAAUAACCAUAUUUCUAAAGUCCACCCCAGAGCUUUUGCGCCCCUGAAGCACCUGCAGAAGCUUUAUUUCUCCAAAAAUCUGCUGACGACCAUCCCGAAGAACUUGCCUCCCUCUUUGGUUGAAAUGAGGAUCCACGAGAACCGCAUCAAGAAGGUGGCAGCUGGGAGCUUUGCAGGACUGGGCAACAUGAACUGCAUAGGUCAGAAAUGCUCGAUGACUUCAUCAAAUCCAUCAAAUCUAGAGUUUUCAAAUGUGGUGCUUACCGCUGCAGUUGCCUUGGUACACCCCUAGCAUUUCAGUUUGAAGAUUAAAGAGACUUUAUUUUUAUUUCAUGCCACAAAUAUCCCCUUCAUCUCGCAGAAAUGGGAGCAAACCCUAUCCAGAACAGCGGUUUUGAGCCCGGAGCUUUCAAGGGACUGAAGCUGAAUUAUCUGCGCAUUUCAGAGGCCAAACUGACAGGAGUGCCAAAAGGUAACAGCUCACUUCAAAAGACUGUCACAGUGACAUCUGAUCCAUCAAUCUGUUAUGGAUUAGUUCAGCGUGUUAAUGACUUUUUCAUGUACUUGGAAGAAAACAUCCUCAAGGCUAUACAUCAAAUAUGAUUACAUUAAAAAAAAAAAAAAAACAUCUAGCCAGGCUCCUUACGAAGGAAAAACAAUCUACUCGCCCACGCUGGCUGCAGUAGUUCCUUACAGAAGGUUUCUAACUCAACUUUUGAAUUAUUAAACCUUUUUGAUAGUGCAUAAUUAGGGAUAUAGCAACUUGUGUGUGCUGCUAGCUAACCAAAUAUUACAUGAACUUCUUACUUUCAAAUAAUCUUCAAUAUAACAUUGCUGUGUUGAUGCAGUGAGCUAGCUGUUUCUGCCUCCAGGUAAUGUUGGUUUUCUAACAUUACUUGAAGUAGUAAUCAUAGUUGGUGCUUCAUAUUGGGAGUUUCAGCUUACUGAGGAUGCUAAGGAAGGUAUUAGCAGGGUUGAGGAGGCCUGAAUUAUCCGGAACUCAGCAAUCAGGACUCAUGUCUUGACAUUUGAGAUUCAGCAUCCUUCGCUAGUUCCUCCUCUCUGAGAGGAGAAGUUGGCAGAGGUAAUAGAUGAUUUGAUUCAGGUCAUUGAAUUGGUUUCAGGAACAUAGUCUUGUCUCUGAGCUCUCUGUGCCACACUUUAAGAAAAUCUCUCAGGGGAUAAUGCUGUGUUCAAGUUACCGCCGAAGUCAGAAGUCCGAGCUGGGAAUGACGUCACACCCGAGUUACCAGAGUUUCAGUUACCAAGUCGGAAAAAAGCAAAAUUGGAGGUGGAAACAAGAUGGCUACAUCUACGAAAGUUAUUUUAGCGCUAGCCUUGUCUGAGUAUAAGCAAGGACAAGGCAAGCGCUAAAAUAUCUUUCCUAGAUGUAGCCAUCUUGUUUCCACCUCCAAUUUGCUUUAUUCUGACUUCGCUGGUAAUUGGGUGUGACGUCAUUCCCAGCUUGGACUUCUGACUUCCGAGGUAACUCGAACGCAGCGUAAGAUAAAAUGUCUCUAGGAAAAAAAGGUGUUGCUGUGGUAACAGGGACAGACUGGUAUAGGACAGAAAAAGUGAUAGUUAGGGUAAGUCCCUCUAAAGUAGAACCUUAUGAAUAUUGUGUUGAGCUUUCAGAUCUCCCAGAUAGUCUCCAUGAGCUUCAUCUGGACCACAAUCAGAUCCAGGCUGUGGAGCUGGAGGACCUGAGCCGCUACAAAAACCUGUACAGGUAGAGCACAUUUUCACAAAUCAGUGGUUUAAUUAUGUCUAGUCUGAUCUCUUGCACCCUGAGGAGAUUGUCUUGCAUUUUGUGAGGAAUUACCCCGUGCAUCCUAAAUCAUCAGGGCUCCUCAGGGGAGAUACUGAAAAAUUACACUGACGUCUAAGUAAAAAAAAUACCUGUUAGUUCAUGCUUGUGUUGGCUUCUGAGUCUGAUUGAGAUAAUAGUUUCUAUUCUCUUAUACUGUAGCUAAAAUAACUUUCUGCCCUGUAACUUGCUGAAUUCUUGAAAUGGGACUUUAAAUGGUUUUUCUUAGAAAAAGCACAGCUUGCUUUUCUCCUCUGUUCCUGUAUUACACUCUGGUACAUUUAAGCUGUCUUUUAACACCUCUUAGAGGAUAAUUUAUUAUCAUGGGAGUAUGGCCAGGCUCUUUUGGACCUAAUUUUCGCUUGGCCUAAUGUCCCUUUCAUACAAAUAUAUUUAUCAUGGAAUUUGGAGUUUAGUUUAAAAACUUAAUGCACUGUGAAGUGACCUGUUUUCUGUGUGUUAUGUUUUUUUCCCCCUUUUCUUACUUUUUCCAGGUUGGGUCUUGGCUACAACCAUAUUCGUAAUAUAGAGAACGGCAGCCUGGCUUUCCUCCCCAGGCUGAGAGAGCUGCAUCUGGACAACAAUCGUCUCACUCGUGUUCCCAGAGGCCUCCCAGAAAUGAAAUACCUGCAGGUGACUCAAACUGAUAUAACAACAUUUUGUUCGCCAUUUUUGUCUUGAUAUUUAACCUGCUGCUGCACUCACAGUUGACUUCGCCUCCUCUGCUUUCUAGGUGGUGUACCUCCAUUCUAACAGCAUCAACCAGGUAGGCGUGGACGACUUCUGCCCUCGAGGAUUUGGGAUGAAGAGGACGUUCUAUAACGGCAUCAGCUUGUUUGGUAACCCCGUCAACUACUGGGAGGUGCAGCCUGCGACGUUCCGCUGCGUCAGUGACCGGCUCGCCAUUCAGUUUGGCAACUACAAAAAGUAAAGACAGGGCGAAUACUGAGAGGUGGCGAGAGAAAUGAGGAAGGUGAAGAGGAGGGCGAGAUAAUUUAAUAAAUAAUAAAGAAAACCUGAGGGAGUUUUGGAGAAAGCUUGAGUGGGACUAAUGGAAAAGAAAGAGAAGUGAAUUUCACAAUCACAUAACUUGAAGGGAGUGGAAAACAAAGCGCUUGCAGUACUUCAACUGAGUUUUCACAUUCUUGAAUUUUAUGGUCUUGAAAGUUUUGCCAUGAAAAGUGGAUCGAACAUACGAGACUGUCUCAGAAGAAUGUUUUCCACCAGCCUAUAAUUGAUUUAAAACUUGUGAAGCGUUUCAUUCCAUAUUUUUUACACACAUUAGCGCUUUAUUUGAUAGAGGUCAUUUUUGUUUUAUUAACAUACUUCAGAUAACACGCAAAAAGAUAGAAAAGCAAUGCAUUGUAGAAUUUUACAUAUACAUAAAGAGGUGCUCUGUAAGAUUUUAUGUGUGUUUUAACUUGGGAUUACGUCACAUUGUGCCUUUUGGUCCCUAAACUGUGAUUUAAUUCUCCAGUCACAGAUUUCAACAAUUUUCCACCUUUAACAGAUACAAAAAUGGCAUAAAAUGUUCAAUCAAAUAUCCAAUUUUUGCAGUUUGCAAACAUUUUGUAUAUACUAUGGCAGUGGAUUCAUUAAAAUUGCAAUAUGUACAUUGUUUAAAUUCCCCUCAUCAGUGCUGAACAUCUCUUCUUUUCUUCAUUUACCUAAGGAAACUGAACCACCAGCGUGCCUGUGUAAAGAGUCUAUUCUCUGCCUGUACUAAUACCGUGCUGUUUGUAUGAUUCCUUGAGGGGACACUGAGUUAGUGGGGAUUUGCCCCAGUUAGUGAAAACACACUCAUGCUUUGCUUUGACACGAUGAAGGCAGUGUGUUUACAUAGUGCUGCAUACUAAAGUAGUGUUGUUGCAUUAUUUUGCACAGAUUUCCAGUUAUGCUUUUUCUGCUUCAGGGUUAUUGGAGGGUUAGCCUGUUUACAUUAGUAAACUUAUGUGGAUCUGUUUUAGCCGUAUAACUAUCCUGUCCUGUCUCUGUUCUGUAAUCUGACCAGCAGCUGCAUGUGAAUAAAGACUUUUUCUUUAGCCUGCUGCAUAAAGCCGGAGAACAAAUGAUGCCCUUAGGUUGAAUGCUGUGUUAGGAAUAAAGAAAAACUGAACUUGUAUAGGACAUUUUGAGUGCACAUUUCAUGAUGUAAACACAUGAAACUCACAUACAUUCCAUGAAUAAAAACUGAUCUUUUGAACGAUGUUGGGAAUAUUAAAAAGAAAGAUGUGUUUAUAUAAUUUUUAGACAAUGGAAAUGAGGUUACCAGGACAUGAAAAGGCUUUGAGAUGUCCUUAAAUUACAUCUGAAGACAUGGAUUUAAAAAACAUUAAAUCUGAUAUCCAUAAAAGAAAAAUAAAAUCAGAAUAGUGAUUUUUAAAA